UUUAUGCAUAGCUAUUGCAGACAAAUCCAAGGUAGCAAAAAUGGCGAAACGUCUCAAGCUCAAAUUCUCUCGAGUGCUCACAUCCUUCAGCUCUUGCCGCCUCAAGGACCCUUCUACUUUCCCGUCCAAUCCUGUUCCUUCAUUUCUUAGAUUCUCUCCGGUCAAACUCCAUCUCCCACCAUCUGUUCCUCCUCCGUCCAAGCCUCAUCCUUCUUCCUCCAUCAAGCGUCACAUGUCAUCUGCCUUGGCUUCAAUCACCUGCGGCUUCAGGUCAAGAACCACGACUAAAUAUUAUCUCUCUGAGACCAAACACAAGAAAUCACCACCACCACCUUCUCCUCCUCCGCCUGAGUUUCACUGGGAAAGAGAAGAGAAGUGGCAUGUUGUUGCUAAAAUGUACGGCGAAACUCCUCGUCGCAAGAUUUAUAACUCUUUGGUUUCUGAUGACUUUAAAACCGAUAACAUUUUUCUUCCUCCACCUCCUCCUCUCAACACCGAAAGAAAAAGAAGACGGAUUAGAAAGAAGAAGAAAACAACACCAAGAUUCCGCACCAGCAGUUCCUCGGCUGAUAACGGACUGCCCGGCAGUGAAGGUUUAGACAACGAUGAUGACAAUGAAGAGGAUGACAUGGACAAAGGGGAAAUAGAAACAUUAGUUUCAUCAACCAGAAGCUUCUCCAUUGAUUAUCCUUUUCCGGAGUUAAAUUUCCAUUUGAAAAGCAUACGUGAAUCACCCUUUAACAGGAUCAAUCAUCGCAAGAAGAAGGUUAUUAAGAAAGCAAAACGAUAUGUUAACAAGAGUGGGAGAAAGAGUUGCGAUGAGUCACAAUCAUCUCCAGCCAGGUUGUCGAGGUUUCAGUGGCUAAUACCGUGCACACUAGAGGGGAAGGUGAGGGAGAGCUUUGCAGUAGUGAAGAAAUCAGAGAAUCCACACGAGGACUUCAAGAGAUCAAUGAUGGAGAUGAUAGUGGAGAAGCAGAUGUUCGAAGUGAAUGAUUUGGAGCAACUCUUGCAGUGUUUCUUGUCUUUAAACUCUAGGCAAUAUCAUGGGAUUAUUGUUGAGGCUUUCUCCGAGAUUUGGGUGGAUCUGAUCUGUAAAAGUUCUAUUAGCAAUGGAGUUUCGAGAGCUCUUUGAAUUAGCUAAUUCUAAUAUGUAGCAAAUCAAAUUAUAAUAAAGAGAUAUUAGACCAUU